AUGGCCGAUUACCAGUACGACCAACGCCGCUAUAGCCCUUCGGGCAAUCCCCAGCGAGAGGCUGCUUUUUCUAAUAUCUUCGGUGCGGUGCCUCCUCCCGGCCGCUCCCAGACCAUGACCUCGUCUUCCCCCGACGUCGGCGGCCCACCCCGGAUGAUGCCGCACGAUGGUAGAACACAGACAAUGUCAAGCAUGUCAGGCCCACCGCCAGACAUGCAGCGGCGGCCACCCCCACGACCACAGCAAAGAGGAUAUGACGAUUCCACGUCGGCUCGAACUCGAACAAUGGACACGAGCAUGGCCAACGGAUAUUAUCAGAGCCAAAGGAAUCCCUCUGGAGGAUACCCUCCAAUGCCGGGGCAGUAUGGGAGGGCACCACCACCAGGAGCACCAGGCCAACGUCAGUAUCCUAACGCACCACCUCAACAAGGCAUGCCAGCAUCCAGGUUCGACCCGAGAGGUGGUCCGCAACCACAAGCAGGUCCUGGUUAUGGACCUCGGGCGCCUGCAUCAAGGUUCUAUCAGGGCGGCGGAUCGCCUGGUUCUUCGCCCGCUCUGAGAGAAGAUCCUUACCGCUCACAGUCUCUAGCCAGUGUGCCACGACCAAACGUAUACCAACCGCCUCCAGGGACAUACAACCAGCCAUCACCGAAUGCCUUCCGAGGUUCUCCAGCUCAUGCGCCUGCAUCCCGCACGACAGCGCAGGGCAGGGUUGUGCCAGAACGCCACGAUGACAGAUCAAUGUCUAUGACUGGCUAUCCGCCAACCGACCGAGAUCCGCACCAAACCAUGAGCGGUCGGGUGAUUCCGAAUCGAGUACGAGCACCCUCGAACGAGACGCCCACAAUGAACGGCAUGCCCAACUACAACGGCUAUUCCCCGGCCCCAGGCAGCGCAACGAGGACGAUGAGCAUGGCAUCAACCAUGAGUCAGCAGACUAUUACCCCCGGUGAACAUAGUCGUACAACGUCAAUGGCGAGUACCAUCACGCUGGCUGUCGAGUCUUCGAGCUCUCAGCAACAGCUGAUGCACCGGCCAUCGAUGUCGUUAUCAAACAGGUCCAUCGACAGUGAAAGACCGCCGACCGCCAAGAUCAGAGCGCCGCUCGUGUACCCCGCCAUGCUAUCCAGAGUUGGCGAAUGCUUCCGCCAGAAAAUCAUCACCGGAGAAAGGACGAAGAACGAGCUGACGUACAAGAAUGCCUUCAGUGGUUCCGAGGCGGUGGAUGUCCUUUCAUAUAUUAUCAGAACCACCGACAGGAACCUGGCUCUUCUGUUAGGUCGGGCACUCGAUGCGCAGAAAUUCUUCCAUGAUGUCACGUAUGAACACCGGUUACGAGACUCGACGUCGGAAAUGUACCAGUUUAGGGAGACCUUGAUGGACGAGCCAGAAGAUAAGCCCGCGGUCAAUGGUGUAUUUGUGCUGCUUUCGGAGUGCUACUCGCCGACAUGUACGCGAGACCAGCUGUGUUACUCGAUUGCAUGUCCGCGCCGAUUGGAGCAAGUCUCGAGGUUGAACCUCAAGAUCCAGCCUGGUCUGAAGAAGGAGGACGACGCAGUCGCUAACGAAGAUGAUGUCGACCAAACAGACGAGCAGAAACUCUGGAUCAACACGGUUCCGAAGGAGAUAGCCGAGAGCGUCAGUGACCGAGAAAAGAAGAGACAGGAAGUCAUCUCGGAGAUCUGCUACACGGAAAGAGAUUUUGUGAAGGAUCUGGAGUAUUUGAGGGAUUUCUGGAUUAUGCCACUGAAGUCGAAGGGCUCUCCAAUUCCUGCUAACAGGAGGGAGAAGGUGGUCCGCAACAUCUUCAGCAAUAUCGUAGACCAGCCCGCCAUUCACUCGGUCAGCGCACGGCUCGCAAAGUUGUUGACGGAACGACAACAGAAGCAUCCAGUGGUGCAGAAUAUCGGCGAUAUUUUCCUCGACGUAGUGCCCAACUUUGAUCCCUUCAUACUCUACGGUUCGAAACAACUGGAGGGCAAGUUUGAGUUCGAAACCGAACGGUCUAACAAUCCAUUUUUCUCGAAAUUUGUGGAUGAGAUUGAACGGAGGAAAGAGUCUAGGAAACUGGAGCUCAACGGUUACCUGACAAAACCGACAACCAGACUGGCACGAUACCCUCUCCUGUUGGAGAAUGUGCUCAAAUACACUGAAGAAGGUGGCCAGGAUAGGGAGGAUAUUCCCAAGGUGAUGAAACUAAUCCGCGAUCUACUCAGUCGUGUCAACGCGGAAUCUGGCAAGGCAGAAAAUCGCUUCAACCUGCGCCGACUCCACGACCAACUGAAGUUCCGCCCCGCCGAUAAGGUCGACCUCAAGCUUACUGAGGAGGGGCGUGAACUAGUCUUCAAAACCCAGUUCAGAAAAACGCCGAGUGACCCUAACGAUAUCACCGCAUUCCUCUUUGACCAUGCUGUUCUUCUCGUGAGGAUAAAGCAAGCUGGCAAAGCUGAAGAAGUCAAGGCCUAUAGAAGACCGAUUCCUCUAGAGUUGCUAUCAAUCAGGGAAAUGGACGAAGUCAUACCCCCGGCGGGUGUCAAGCGUGCAUCCUCAAGUUUGAUACCACUUCCCAGAGGACAGGACAACAAAAAGGUGGAAGGUUGGCCGAUCACGUUCCGGCAUCUAGGGAAGAACUUCUACGAGGUGGUGUUGUACGCUUCAAACCAAGCAGCGAGGAAGAAGUGGCUCGAGUUCAUCGAUUCGGCGCAACAACGUCUUCGAGCAAGAGCCGACUUCUUCAACGUCAACACGGUCUCCACUGGCUUUUUCGGGGCAGGAAAUCACAUUAAUACGGCCACACCAUAUGAUGGCGGUCGUAAACUUAUUUACGGGACUGACAGCGGGAUAUAUGUGUCGGACCGCAAGGUCAAAGAUGCGCAGCCCAGGCGUGUCAUUGAUGCCCAAAAUGUAACACAACUGGACGUGCUGGAAGAAUACGGCCUCUUGCUCGUUCUAUCCAACAAAUCGUUGCUCUCAUACUCGCUGCAAGCGCUGGAUCCAAACGAACCAGCACUCUCGAAGCGCCCGAAGAAGAUACAGAGUCACUGCACAUUCUUCAAGGCUGGUAUCUGCUUGGGCCGUCAUCUUGUAUGCUGUGUCAAGUCCAGUGCCCUCUCGACGACAAUCAAGGUCUAUGAGCCCAACGAUGCCAUGAGCAAGGGCAAGAAGCAAAAGGGAUUCGGCAAGAUGUUCAAUGCCGGCCAGGACGAGCUCAAAGCCUUCAAGGAAUUCUACAUUCCGACCGAAUCUUCUUCGGUUCACUUCCUUAAGAGCAAGCUCUGCGUGGCGUGUGCGCGAGGUUUCGAGGUCGUUUCACUCGAGACACUGGAGACCCAAAGCUUGCUCGACCAGGCCGACACAUCGCUGGACUUCGUCUCUAGAAAGGAGGGAGUCAAGCCGAUUCACAUUGAGCGAUUGAAUGGCGAGUUCCUGCUCAACUAUACCGACUUCUCUUUCUUUGUUAACCGCAAUGGAUGGAGGGCGCGGCCCGAGUGGCGGAUCGAUUGGGAGGGUACGCCUCAGUCGUUUGCGCUUAGCUACCCGUGGAUUCUGGCGUUUGAGCCCAACUUUAUCGAGCUCAGGAACAUUGAGAGCGGCGCGGUGCAUAUAGUACCUCAUAAAAACAUCAGGAUGCUGCACAGCAGUACGCAUGAGAUUUUGUUUGCCUACGAAGACGAAGCUGGUCAAGACGUCGUUGCGGCCAUCGACUUCUGGAAGAACACCCGAAGGUCGGAGAUGCCCUCAUAG